GAGCAUGCAGGAGACUGCGGAUCUGAAAUCUCGUUGACGCAUCUGCGGUUACUGCAGUGAUCCUCUAGGUAGGCCGUGCUGGGGCAAUCGGCCCUCGGUCCCGGCUGUCGCACCUCCCCAGCCCGGGGCUCCUCCCAGCAUCCAGUCCACGCCCCUCCGCGCCCUUCGCCCCGACUGCUCUGCCCUGUCUGCUCCUGCACCCCUGGCUGGUGCGGUCUGGGAGGAGGGGCCAGGCAGUCGCCAUCCUGCAGGUGGAGCAGGGAGGAGGUUCUUCCCGAACCCAGCCGCUGCUCGCUGAGGACCCGCGAGAUUCAUAAAACCAAUUAUGGGGGUGAGAGGUUUGCAGGGUUUUGUGGGAAGUACCUGCCCACAUAUAUGUACUGUAGUAAAUAUCCAAGAGCUGGCAGAGAACCACCGAACCAAGUACCCUGGGUGUACCCCUACCAUCGUGGUGGAUGCCAUGUGCUGCCUCCGAUACUGGUACACGCCGGAGUCUUGGAUCUGUGGUGGCCAGUGGCGAGAAUACUUUUCUGCUUUGAGAGAUUUUGUCACAGCCUUCACGUCUGCCGGCAUCAAGUUGAUAUUCUUCUUCGAUGGCAUGGUGGAGCCGGGUAAGAGAGAUGAAUGGGUAAAGAGAAGACUUAAGAACAACAGAGAGAUAUCCAAGAUUUUCCACUAUAUCAAGUCAAAGCGAGAGCAGCCAGGCAGAAACAUGUUCUUCAUUCCCUCCGGGCUGGCCAUAUUUACACGGUUCGCUCUGAAGUCACUGGGCCAGGAAACUUUCUGUUCCUUACAGGAGGCAGACUAUGAAGUGGCUUCUUAUGGUCUCCUGCACAACUGUCUUGGGAUCCUGGGGGAAGACACCGAUUACUUAAUUUAUGACACUUGUCCCUACUUUUCAAUCGGCGAUCUCUGCCUGGAGACUCUGGAAACCGUCAUGCUGUGCCGUGAGAAACUCUGUGAGAGUCUCGGCCUCCAUGUGGCGGACCUCCCUCUUCUAGCCUGUCUGCUCGGCAACGACAUCACCCCGGAGGGCAUGUUCGAAAGCUUUCGGUACAAGUGCCUGUCCUCCUACGCUUCUGUGAAAGAGAAUGCUGGCAAAAAGGGGAAUAUUAUCUUAGCUGUCUCGGACUACAUCUCCAGAGUUCUCCACUUGUAUCAGGGUGAGAAAAAGAUAGAAGACAUGUUACCCUUGGGGCCAAACAAAGCUCUUUUUUAUAAAGGGGUAGCAGCAUAUCUCUUGCCAGGGCAAACAUCUCCAUGGUUAGUUCAAAAACCCAAAGGCAUAAUAACAGAGAAGCAAGUGGUGAGCCCUGAAUUGAAGCAAGAAGUUCCUAUGUGUUUAGAUCCUGAAUCCAAACAAGAAGUUCCCGCACGUACUAAUCCUGAGUCCAUGCAAGAAGUUCCCAUGUGUACAGAUCCCGAAUCCAACCAAGAAGCUUCCAUGUGCACAGAUCCCGAAUCCAAACAAGAAGCUUCCAUGUAUACAGAUCCCGAAUCCAACCAAGAAGCUUCCAUGUGCACAGAUCCUGAAUCCAAACAAGAAGUUUCCAUAUAUACAUACCCAGAGGUCAAGCAAAAAUUACCUUCAGAAACAGGGGCUGAAUAUAAUUCAGAAGUACUCAUGUGUACACCCCCUGAAGUUAAACAAGAAGAUGCCAUGGAUAUGGAGCCUGAAAUAAAACAGGUAACCAUGGAUUCUGACUCCGAAAUCUUAAAGGUUGCCAGGAUGCACCACGUCCACUCAGAGAGCUACCUUGUGUACAACAUUAUGAGCACCGGGGAGAUCGAGUGCAGCAACACCCUGGAGGACGAGCUGGACCAAGCCCUGCCCAGCCAAGCCUUCAUCUACCGCCCCGUCCGGCAGCGAGUGUACGCACUUCUGCUUGGGGACUGGAAAGAUGGAGCCCGCAGCGGCCCAGUGGUCAAAGAGUGGUUUGUGUACCCUGGGAACUCCCUGAAGCACCCAGACCUUGUUCGGCCUCUGCAGGUGACUGUCCAAGGGCGAAAACCUAGUUUGGAAGUUCUGUGGCUGAGCCAAGAGCCAGCAGUGCAGGCCCGGCGGCUGGACACGUUGCUAGCCUGCUUCAACCUCUCCUCCUCCAGAGAAGACCUGCAGGCGGUUGAGAGCCCAUUGAGAGCACUGUGCUGCCUCCUAAUCUACAUCUUCGUCCAGGUGGACACUCUUUCCCUGGAAGAUCUGCAUGCAUUUAUCGCUCAGGCCUUGUGCCUCCAAGGAAAAUCAUCCUCACAGCUCAUGCACUUAGAGCCGGAUUACAUUAACUCCAGAGCUGUGCAGCUGGGGUCCCUCCUCGUCCGUGGCCUCACCAUGUUGGUACUGGUCAACAGCGCAUGUGGCUUCCCCUGGACAACAAGUGAAUUCAUGCCCUGGAAUGUCUUUGAUGGCAAACUUUUCCAUCAGAAGUACCUGCAGUCUGAAAAGGGAUAUGCUGUGGAGGUUCUCCUGGAACAAAAUAGAUCGUGGCUCACCAAGUUCCACAACCUGAAGGCUGUGGUCUGCAAGGCCUGCUCCAAGGAGAACCGGCGCAUUGUAGGGAGAACACACUGGAGCUCUCACUGCACAGGGAGGCUGGGGAGACAGGGCUCCAGCUCCCACAGGACAGGCUCCACACAUGGCCAUCCUGGGCAUGGGCAGCCAUGGAGAGAUCAGGGUCCAGGUGACUGUCCUGGAUCCUUGUCUCUGCCAGGCUGUUCCACCAAUCAGCCUGUGUACCUAGGGCUCCACGGUGCUAGGAUUCUUUGCUUUUUGGUUGGUGGAUGAGUAUAACUCCUCCAGGUGAGUAGGAAGGGUGCUGUUUACAGAGGUGCCAUAGAAACAGGCCCAUGCCCGUCUCCUCUGGGAAGCCUGGGCCUUAGUAACCUCACCCGCAGCUCUCAGGACAGUGAGAGCUGCAUCUCCUCACCACCAUUUCACAACCAGCACCUCGGUGCCUUUGGUUUUCCUGACAGAUAUUCCUUAGCAUAGCUGCACUUAAAAAAUAAAGCAAGAAAGCCUACUGAAACUGUGAACCCUACAAAGAGUCGCUAUAUCCACAGAUCCCUGUCCCAUGCUGAGUGCCCAGGAAGAAUGUCACAAGAAUUGGGUCAUUCUCACCCCUAGUGUGAUGACAGAAGUUACAGGGAUAUGUUUCAAAUGCACUAGGGGAACCAGUUCUUCCUGGGGUUGUUGUUGGUCAUGGGGGUGUUGAUUUCUUCACAUUGUUUUAGCAGAGUACUGAGCAUGUCCUCACAGAAGAGAAUAGAGUGGCUCCCUAGGAGAGAUGCCCUGCUAGAGAGAUGUCUACCCUGGUACCCACAUCACUGCACAAUUCCAAGAUCCCGGAGAUAGCAUGGUGUCUGUAUGUCCCACCACUGUGACAACCAAGAUCCCGGAGAUAACAUGGUGUCUGUAUGUCCCACUACUGUGACAGCCAUCUCCAUGACACCAGGAUGCACCCUACCUAUGUGGUGGUGUCCUUGUGACCGGUGAUGAGGCUAGAGGCCUUAGCCACAUGUAGACAAAAGUUUAGGACAACGAAGCAGAAGGCUGAUGAGAAAGUGGUGGGAGCCUCCUGCUGGGCCCACACCUGAGGGUCAGAAGCCGUAGGAAUUGAAGGACUGGAAGUGCUGUGAAGGCUAGUCAUCAGUUGUUCCAAGGACAUGUAAUCCUAUCCCAAGGUAAUCCUUUCAGGGUGCUCUUCCCAUUCCUGUUUAUAAAAACAAUUGCUACCGUGGGAAACUGGGAACAUGCUGAGGAACUCGGGGCAGCAGCCACAGCUCUUUGGUUCUUUGUCUGCAUGCCAGGCUUCUCCUGAUCUCCUGGUCUUACCCAGGUGGGCUGCACUCUCUCACACACAUCAAGGAUCUCAGCCAUGGCCUGGCCUGGUACCAUUCGAUCUCCUUCUGGACUUUUUGCAUCUUCAGGACUGGGUCCUCUCUGAACUGCGGGCUUUUACGCCCCCAGCAUUCUACAUGCCACUGCUUCCUGGCCUUUUGUCUGUGUCCUGGGCCACGGUUCUAUAGCCUAGCACUGACAUCCCUUUUGUGAACUCAGGCACUGAGCAGCUUUAAUGAAACAGAUGUGUGGGUACCCUGAUUGCAUGCUCUCCAGUGGUUUACUGGGCAUGAUAUUCUUCAAGUGCUGGAUGAUGGAUUCUUCAGUCUCACUCCUGUUGACUCAGCGAGUGAUGUCAUGAUUCCCGGUGUUUUAGUUCUAAAUUCAGUAAGCAUACCCAUAACCACCAGUUUUUGAAAUCUCAUUUCUGAUGUAUAUAUCUUGGAAACUAUGUUUACACAUAUAAAGAAAAUGCCAGACAAUCAAAAGCAAUAAGCAAAUUGUUGUCCCUGGCACAGAUGUGCAAGCCCUGGGGGCACACAAGGCCCUGGACAGUCGGUCCUGUCCAGCCAGUGACUGUAUAGCAGCUGACUGAUUUACUGCUCAUGCAGGCUGGAAAGUUCCAGGAGGGAGCUGGCUUCUGUCCACCUACUUGGCCACAGUAAACUUGACACAUUGAGAGUCUAUACUGGUGUGUGUGUUUUCUAGCUUUAAGACCAGAGGAACCCAUUUACCCUGUUUUUCUGAUCACUUGAAAACAGAAACAUGGUAUUGGUCACAUGUUAAAGCCCACAAACUACAUAGACAUUGUGUCCUGCUUUGAGACUUGGGACUUUGAAGGACAGCUCUAUUUUAUUGGGUUAUAAUAGAAACAAUCUACUUUUUCUGUGAAAUUACUGAGGUUGUGUUUUGGGCCAGUACAUUUUUAUAGUGGGUUUUUCCCUGGCUUAAAUAUUUUUGUAUUUCAUCAACAUAUAAAGUAGAAAAUUGUUACUGUUUCAAGAUUAGAAAAAAUAGACAACAUUCUUCAUGUUAAAAAAUAAGACUCGAAAUGCUUUAUGUUCAAAAUGGCAGUGAUCCCUUUUGUCAUAGUUCACACAUUUUCAGAGUCUGGACCUAACUGCAUAAACGUGGGCCCUAUAGGAGCUGAGGUCUCGGGGUCACUGCAGUGACUGCAGCCUGGCAGAUGGGGUAGGUGCACCCCAGAGGUAGCCAUCAUCCCAGCCACCCUGUGACCAAAUGGCUACCAGAGUUGAAGUUUUGACUUCUCCCUUGCUAUUCUUCAGCCCAGCUGGAGAGGAAAAAAUGUGUUAAGUUCCAUUAAGGAGCUGUAAACUUAGGUGGGAUUCUUCACUUUGCCCCUUCUCAUGGUGACCAAGAGGGGCCUGCACACUAGGAGGCUACAGGAUGGGAGUGGAGAUGACAGGGUGGUGAGGUUGUGUUAAUCUGGACACCUGUUAGGGCCAUCACCUCACACUUCAGGGUCAUUAGGCAGGGUGUGUUAAAGCCAUUGCUUUCAAGUACCAAAGAAAGCCAAGAGCAAGACUUGCAGAGAAGUGUGUUAUUGAGAAAGAGCCUCUGUGUGUUGUUAUCCUGCCUGUAACUCAGAGAUGGCCUGCCCCUGCAUCCUGAGUACCACCAUGCCCAACCAAAAAGUGUUAUCUUUAAGAUGUGGAAACAGUUUUCUUCAAGGCUAGCUCUGCUCCAAGUCCCUUCCCAGCAUAAGUGUCUGUCAGAGGCAGGAAGUGGCCAGCUACACUGUGGGGUUGGGGGGCUUGUGAGCUCAGCCCUGGGAGAGCCACACGUGGCUUUUUCUGUGCUUGGCAAGAAGUCCUCUCAGCCAUCUGCAUAUGAAUUUCCAUUUCCAGAGUCAUUAGCAGUAAUAAACAUCUAGAUGUCCUGCAGAUGGUUAGAACUGGCACCAGGAGAAACAAUUUUGACAGUUUCCUUCUACUAAUAGCACUACCUCCUAAUUAAUUGCUUCCACUUUAAUGAAAUAAUUAUAGAACAAAAUUUAAUGACAGGUGGUCACAACUGAAAAAUGUUGUCCUCCAGUACCACUCAGCAGUCUGUCUUUAUGCGUACUUAGAACAGAGCUACUGUUUGGAGACAGUGCUUCUUACUUGGGUUUUAUUUCUGUUUG